GUCUAAUGGCACAGUGAAACACCACGCUGCUAAUUCUCAGUAUCGGUAUUUUUUUGCCAAGUGAAUCAUUCGUUGCCAUGUAUUCAACGGUCAAUAUUGUAUUUUUUAUAUUAGUCGGUCAUUUUUCACUGUCACAAUGUGUCGUUUACGUGGAUACGCGAUUGGGUACCAUAAAAGGUACCACCAUGUUGAGCAGAGAUGGAAACAAAUUCGACGCUUUUCUGAACGUGCCUUAUGCUAAGCCACCAGUUGGCGAAUUGAGAUUUCAAAACCCAGAACCACCAGAGCCAUGGAAUGGUACUUUGGACGCGACCAAGUAUGGGAAAAAAUGCAUCCAACCGUGGCUAGGAACCAUAGUAGGAAGCGAGGACUGUCUUCAUAUGAAUAUUUACACUCCCAGAACAAAAAAGUCAGAAAACACAACCAAGUUUCCAAUCUGGGUAUUUAUAUUCGGAGGGAAAAAAUUAUUCGGCGAACCAGCUCCUUACAAGUACGGACCUCAGUACAUAAUGGAUAAACCAGUCAUCUUGAUAACCGUAUCUUACAGAUUGGGUCCUUUUGGAUUCUUGAGCACAGAAGACGAUUCAAUCUCGGGUAAUUUUGGAUUAAAAGACGAAGCAGCGGCGCUAAAAUGGAUUCAACAUCACAUCGGUGCUUUUGGCGGCGACCCCAGCAAUGUAACCAUAUCUGGAGGCAGUUCGGGAGCCAUCGACGUCAAUUUUCUACUUUAUUCUCCCUUAUCCAACGGCUUAUUUCACAAAGCCAUCUCACAAAGUGGCCUAGCUCUAAAUUCAGACGCCAUCCAGAAACCGGGCGAAGCUCGAAAAUUAUCCUGGAAACUGGGCAACUUGGUCGGCUGCAACACUAGCACUCUAAGAACAUCGCAGGAGCUGGCCAAAUGUUUAAAAACAAUCCCAGCAACUCAGCUGGAAAAAGCUACUUUCAAACUGACGCACGACUAUAUCCUUCCAUUUAUGCUUUUUGGUCCAGUACUGGAGAAUAAAAGCAAUAAAGGAUCGUUUUUAGUGGAGGAUCCUUGCUUGAGCAUACGAAGACCUAGCAGCAUACCUUGGAUGAUAGGAGGCAUCAAAGACGAAGGAUCUCAGAGAGUCUUAACUUUGUUUUCAAAAAGCUCCAUUAUCGAUCACUUUGAACGGAAUUAUCUAACUCUACUUCCGCAAUAUUUUCGUUACUCGACUUUUGACCGAGCUGCCGAGGUCACGGAGGUAAUUAAAGCUAGAUAUAUCGGAGAACAAAAGUUUAACGAGUCGUUCUACGAAAUAGCCAGCAUAUACGGUUUUGGGAAUUUUCAUUUGGGAACUAUUGAAACAGUUAGCAGAUACAGAGGUCCGGUUUACUUGUAUUUAUACGAUUACGAUAAUAAAUACGCCUAUCUCAAAACCUAUCUGGAAUUAUUGGCCACCAGAACAAAACAUAAACUAGGGGCUGUACAUGGUGAAGAAUUAAUCAGUCUGUAUUACAACCCCCUUUUAUAUCCACCAGUUUUAGAUGGAAAUGAUCGCAUUGUAUCCGAUCAAGUGGUGAAUUUAUGGUAUAAUUUCGUAGCUUAUGGCAACCCUAAUGGAAGAACUGACCACCAACUUUGGAAACCGUCAUCGCCGAAUGGUUUAGAAUAUUUACACAUAAAUAAUCUUACAUUGACCAUGAAACAGAAUUAUUUUCUGGGAGAAGAAUACAGGUUUUGGAAACAAAUCGGAAGUCCAACGUUGUGUAGAACGCUGUCAAAUUUGUAAAAACUCAAUUUAAUGUUCCUCAAGUACAUAUUUCGUACAUACAAAUAUUAAGAAAAUUACAGCAUAUUUGGAAAUAAAGUUUGAUAUUUCUAAAAAAAUCCUCUAUUUUAGUUUCUUUCACGUCGAACAUGUUGCCUAUCCCAUUACACAAGGAUAAACACAACUUGGACAAAACAAAUAAUUCGCAUUUAUUAAUUAAAUAGUAUUUAUUGCAAAUGAUUUAUUCACCUAACAAAAUAUGUAACAAAUAGGAUGAAAAAAUGUAAAGAAAAUAGUUAAAUAAAUUAGAGUAAAUGCACAACUCCCACUCACUAAUACUGUGUGUGCGGUAACCGGCAACAAUCGAUUUUCAAUCGACUGAAAUAAAUACCUACCAAUAUACGAGUGUUAUUAGGUAUUUCCUCGUUACAAUAACAUCAACUUAUUCUGAUAAUGUACUUUACGACUGGAUCUGGAUGCUUCUAGAAGUCAAAA